UUUUCCCAUCACAGGCAUCAUUCCAGUAAAUCCUUGUUGCUUUGCUUCCUUGUCAAGAAUAUCCUUCCUCAGAAGAUUCCUCUGAAAUAACAGAAAUGCAGUUUAAUCCAGAGGCUGUUUUAAAAGUACUGCAGCAGCAGCUGGAAUCAUUCGAAUGCCUCCGGCAGCAGACCUUACAGGAUGCCAGUUUGGUUCAAUCUGAAAUUAACAAGAUAUUCAAUGGGAUUAACUUGGAUGCCAGCAGCUGUGAGCUCAGGCCAAUGGAACAGUCUCCCAAUAUUCAUGAAAAUUCUUCACUAUUGAAGGAGAAAACUGAACAUGAAAGCAAAAUUUCUCAUUUAGAAGAAGAUAGGAGAUUACUUCAGGUCCAGCUUCAUGAGAUGGAGGAAAAAGUGAAGAUUUAUGUUGAUGAGUUCAAAGCAUUGCUCAACAGGCAUGAGGAUCUCCAGAAUCAGACACAAUCACUUCAAACAGAUAGAGAGCAGCUAAUCAUUGAAAAAGAAAGGACAAUGAGUCAAUUAGAGAAGAUGAUGGUUGAACGAGAAGACCUACUCGCUAUCAUAGGUGCAAAAGAACCAAUUCUACGGAAAGAAAAGAAUAAAGAAACUAUGGAGGAGAGUAAUGCAAAUGCUUUGCAGAUAGAGAAUCAGAACCUUACUCACAGUCUAAACAUGGUGAAGAAAGAGAUUACAUUCUUGAAAAAUGAGCUUGAAAAGGCCAAUUGUGAGAUUCAAUGUAUAAAAGCAAAGUAUGCAGUUGUGAGGACAAAAAAUCUGAUGCUCUUUCAGCUCGUUCAGGAACUCAAGGAUAAAAACCAUAAUCUGGAGCGGUCCCUGAAAAACACUGUUUGCACCGGUCAGUCCCUGGCGAGACUGGAUGAUGAAAGCAAGCUGGAAAAUUCAACCGCGAGGAAAAUUUACUUGUAUGGUGCAGAAAAGCAAGGGAAGGGCUCGACUGGAAACUAUCAGAGUGACUUGGCGAGGAAAUGUGAUACAUUGUCAAAAAUAGUGGUGCUGCUCACUGACGAAAAUCAGAUGCUGAACCAAGAGCUGGAGAAAUAUUUAACAGCAAACUCACUGCUAGAAAGCAAUGCUGUAAAAUUGGACGAAGAAUGGCUGAUUUCGGGAAAGCACACAGGGAUUGGGGAGCAAGAAAUAAAUGACAUAUAUCCUAGGAGAGAGAAAUGGUGUUCAUCAAAUUCAAGUGGAGCAGGAAACAAAGCUGAUCAAUUUUACAGCAAAGAAAAUGCAGAUAAGAAAUCAGAGCAGCUCAAUCUUACACAUACAUCUUUUAACAGUGCCAGUCAUUCUGGAGGUGUCAAUUCCAUGCUGGUACAGCAGAUACCAUUAUACAGUAGUCCUAAAGAUCAAAGCAAUUUUGAUGAAGCCAGAAAAGGGUAUAGGGAAUUGGAGGAAGAGUUGACGGACAGUAUUAUAAUCCAGCAUCACAAUCCAGUCUCACUACACUGCAAGGUAAUCACAGACUGGGAAAUACUGAGCCAUGUCAGUGGGAGCAGGGAUUACAUUGCAAACAGAGAAUGAACAGAAUUUGUCUGUACUCAGUGUCAAGCAGCAUUCACUUGGAUCUGACGUGAAAAGUACUCCACCUCUCUCAGGAAAUUCAGUUUUAGAGAAGGACGUUAGUUGGAAUGAUAGGGAGCUGGGUGGUGGCAUUGAGGAGACCGCCAAGGUCUCCAAUAUGGAACACAGAGGCAAAAGCAAAUCAUUAACAAAAACUAUACAGCCAAUAGACAGUGCUCCAUCAAUGCAGAAG